CUUUCUUCUUCCGCCGGCCAUGGCACGCAAGGUGAGGAUCUCGGAGCAGAGUCUCAUCUCGCCGACGUCGUUCGUCGCGAGCCAGAGUCACUGCAACCUCUGCACCAAGAAACUGCACUUCUUCUACUACAAGCACCACUGCCGCGUGUGCGGCAAGAUCGUGUGUGGCAAGUGCAAGGAGCUAGCGCUCGUCGAGCUCCCCGGCGACAAGAUCGCCGACGUCAAGGUCUGCGCGUCCUGCAUCGCUCAAGUCGGCACGCAGGCGACGUCCAUCUCGACCGAGUCCGUGUCGUCGGGCGGGUCGGGCGGAUCGGCGCCGCGCCUCUCGUCAAGUCGAUACGUGAGCGCCAGCGUGCGCGUGCCUCGGCUGAGCGACCUUCCCGAACUGCACGGUACCGACUGCUGCUUUGUGUGCGCCCGCGUCUUUAGCACCCACCACCCGAAACACCAAUGCCGACAGUGCCGCAAGGGCGUCUGCUACGGCUGCCGCAUGAACGCCAACGACCCGCUCUUCAUCGAGCUCGGACUACCCUUUCUCAUGGCGUGCUGGACGUGUGUCGCUGCGAGCGACGCGAUCCAGCUACAGAGCACCGAUCACUUUUCCAGCCCGCUCGCGCCGGCCGAGGCGACGCGGCUCGAGGCACUCUACGACCUGCAUAUCCUCGACUCUGGUCCGGACGCAGCCUUCGACAUCCUCUGCGACCUCGCGUCGCAAGAGUUCAACUGCCCGAUCGCGGUCGUCUCCUUUAUGGACGUCAAUCGCCAGUGGUUCAAGGCGCAGAUGGGGCUCACCGACACGGAGGUGCCGCGUGCGUUCUCACUGUGUGAGAAGGCGCUCAAAUCCACGGAAGCCAUCGCCGAGUGGGACAUUCGCCUCGACGCCGAGCUCGCAGUGCACCCACUCGUGCAAGGCGGCCCGCGCCUCCGGUUCUACGCUGGCGCGCCGCUCUUGACACCGUCCGGCCAAGCAGUUGGUACCAUUUUCGUGCUCGACAAGGUCGUCCACGAGCCACAGAGUCUCGGGCGGCUCGAGGAGCUCGCCGCGAUCGCCAUGAAGCUCACGCUGGCGGGCCAGACCUUUUAG